AUGAAUUCAAACGUUACAUCGGUUAAAUUAGUUCUGUUGGGUGAAGCCGCUGUCGGUAAAUCCUCAAUCGUAUUAAGAUUUGUCUCUAAUGAUUUUUCAGAAAACAAAGAACCCACCAUUGGUGCUGCAUUUUUAACACAAAGAGUUAAUAUUGGUAAUCAUACUAUAAAGUUUGAAAUCUGGGAUACUGCAGGGCAAGAAAGGUUUGCCUCAUUGGCUCCUAUGUAUUAUAGAAACGCCCAAGCUGCAUUGGUAGUAUAUGAUGUAACUAAGCCACAAUCUUUUAUAAAAGCUCGCCAUUGGGUUAAAGAAUUGCAAGAACAAGCAAACAAGGGGAUUAUAAUUGCUUUAGUUGGGAAUAAAGCUGAUAUUAUUGAGGAUGGAGAAGAAAGAAAAGUAGCUCGUGAAGAAGCUGAAAAGUUGGCAGAAGAAGAAGGAUUAUUAUUUUUCGAAACCAGUGCCAAGACUGGUAAUAACGUCAAUGAAACUUUCUUGGCCAUUGGGGAAAAGAUACCUUUGAAAAACUCCAGUUCUGCAAACGAUCAACAUCAUGAUACUAAUAAUAAUAACAAUCAAAGAAUAGACUUGGAUAACAAUCCUGUAGACGCAGCUUCCAAUGCUCCAGGUUGCAGUUGUUAA